AUGCUGUUGACCAUUUCACCCAUAACUCAAGAACAGAAUCGACAAGCUGCGUCUUCAAAGGCUACAUCGUAUUAUGGACGACUAGAGAAGCCGAAUAUAGGAAAAGUUACAUUUGGAAAAUAUGAGUUUGAGCCUUGGUAUGGUAACCCGGCUUAUUUCAACCCUUACGAGGGAGUACCGAAUAUGUUGGGGUAUGAGUACUCCAACAUGAUUGCUGCAGAUCCAAUGUCUCGGAAACGACAAAAGUCAUAUUCGUCUGAGGAAUGCUUUAUUGAUCAUUUAUUUGUAUGUGAGUAUUGUUUCAAGUACUCAGUCAACGAGAAUGAGAUGCUAGAGCAUUGGGAAAUUUGCCGCUUCCAUAGAGAAAAUCCAGAUGUUGGAACGAUGGUGUAUUAUGAUCGCAAGAAAAAUCACAUAAUUCGAGAAGUCAAAGGUUACCAAGACCCCUUAUUUUGCCAAAAUUUGUGUUUAUUUGGAAAAUUGUUUCUUGAUGAUAAAUCAGUGUAUUUCAACAUUGAUCAUUUCAAUUUUUAUGUAUUUUAUUGCAAAGAUGGCGAAAGAGAUUAUAUACCGAUGGGGUUUUUCUCAAAAGAAAUGAUUGCGUAUGAUCCGACCACAAAUUUGGCAUGCAUUUGUGUGUUUCCUCCGUUCCAACGAAGACACAUUGGUGCUAUGCUCAUUGAGUUUCUGUAUACCCUAGCGCGACUAUCGCAAGCAACCAGUGGGCCUGAAAUACCUUUAUCGCCGUUUGGCAAGGUGAGUUACUUAAACUAUUGGUCGAAAAAUUUGGCAAAGCAAUUGAUACAAACACGAUCGAGAAACUUCACUCUUGAAGAAUUGUCCACGGCUACAGGCUAUAGAAAGGAAGAUGUGUUGUACACUUUGGAACACAUGGGAGUUUUAACUCAAGAGCCUAAUGGUAAGGUUGUUUUAGCCAGUGACAAAUUACAAGAAUGGGUAAAUGCCACUAAAUUUGACGUCAACAAGCAACAUCCACUACUCGAUGCAAAGUCUUUCUAUAAAUAA